CUGCUUUUCUCCUUCUUCUGACGUUAGCAUGUUUAGCUAGCCUAGCUUAAAACUCUCCGCUUUAUGACGACACUUGACAGGGCUCGCGACUAGCUAAAAAAACAUCACCGGUCGGCUAACGGUAACACGUCUGCGGUGAAUGGAAGUCGACGGUGACAUAAAUUAGCAGUUAGGAAAAACAAACAGGAGGAGUUCAUGUGAAUGUUUUCUUUUUUUUGGGGAUGUUUCACCUCAAAUCCCUAGUUAGCCGAGACGUUAGCUAGCUAGCUAGCUGGCUGACUGGCUGGCUAGCUGGGGCUUGUCAGCUCGCACCACCAGUCAUGGAGUUCAACACAUGCGUGUCCUUGUGGAUAUUUUGCCUGUGCCUCGCUGGAGAAAGUUGGAGUGAGAAGACGAGCUCGCCCUCGUCGGACAGUCCAGGUGAAAGUGGGGUUCCAGAUUUUUGUCGCAUCGAUGACUCACUGUGCAAGGAUGAGAACGCCCUUCUCAACUUUGAGGCUAUCCGUAGUAUCCACAAGCAGAUGGACGAUGACGCAAACGGCAAUGUAGACGUGUCGGAGACGGACGGCUUCCUGAGAGAAGAUCUUAACUAUCAUGACCCAAAGGCCAAGCAUAACACCUUCCAUGGGGAUGACCAGUUCAUCAGUGUGGAGGACUUGUGGAAUGCGUGGAAGGGCUCUGAAGUAUAUAACUGGACAGUGGACGAGGUGGUUGAGUGGCUCAUCACAUAUGUGGAGCUGCCACAAUACGUGGAAGCAUUUCGCAAGAUGAGUUUUAAUGGCAGCGCCAUGUCAAGGCUUGCCGUGAAGAACACCACGCUGACUCUCUCCAUUCUCAAGAUAUUGGAUCGCAGCCACGUGCAAAAGUUGCAGCUGAAAGCCCUGGACACUGUACUCUUUGGAGCUCCAAUGAUGAAUAGACAUAACCACCUGAAGGACUUCAUGCUGGUAGUGUCAAUUGUCAUAGGCAUGGGUGGUUGCUGGUUUGCCUACAUCCAGAAACGCUACUCCAAGGACCACAUGAAGAAGAUGAUGACCGACCUGGAGGGCCUGCAGAGAGCUGAGCAGAGUCUGCAUGACCUGCAACAGAAGCUGCAGAUCGCCCAGGAAGAGCACCGCACGGUGGAGGUGGAGAAGGUGACCCUGGAGCAGAAGCUGAGGGAUGAGAUCAACGCAGCCAAGCAGGAGGCCCAUCGACUGCGAGAGCUGCGUGAGGGCACGGAGAACGAACUGAGUCGCCAGAAGUACGCAGAAGAAGAGCUGGACCAGGUGCGUAUGGCGUUGAAGAAAGCUGAGAAGGAGCUGGAGUCACGGAGCAGCUGGUCGCCGCCGGAUUCUCUCCAGAAGUGGCUGCAGCUCACCCAUGAGGUGGAAGUGCAGUACUACAACAUCAAGAAGCAAAACGCUGAACGCUCGCUCCUGAUUGCCAAAGAAGGGGCAGAGAAGAUAAAGAAAAAGAGGAACACUCUCUUCGGGACUUUCCAUGUGGCUCACAGCUCCUCCCUGGAUGACGUGGACCACAAAAUACUGUCAGCAAAACAAGCCCUGGGUGAGGUGACGGCUGCGUUGCGGGAGAGGCUUCAUCGUUGGCAGCAGAUAGAGAUGCUCACCGGCUUCACCAUCGUCAACAACCCAGGCCUUCCUUCCCUGGCCUCCGCCCUCAACCUCGACUCCACCUUUUCGGGCGGCAGAGCCACGCCUCAGCACUUCAUCAUGUCCGACGACAUGGACGACAUGGACGAGGACAUGGUGCCCGGAACUCUGCAAUGCCGAACUACAGACGGCACCCGGCUGUUGGAACGGCGAGCCAGUGAACUGUGGUCCAUUGGUUCAGACUCUCAGCCCGUGUGGAAACAUCCUGCUCCCAGUAUGAUGUCCCUGCGCCAACGCUACAUUGACCCCCAGCUGGCCAUGGGCUCCCAGAGGUUGGUAGAGAGUUGUCUGUCGCCAGGGCAGCAGGGCGAGGGAUCCCCAUACCCAUCCCGGUCUCGGGCCGCCCUCAGACAAGCUCGUAGCCAGUCGUUUGGGCAGCUCGACUGCCUCCCUCUGCCCCCUCUGUCCUCGGCCGUGUCUCAUCCCUCUAUCAUCUGUACCAGCAUCCCAAGCCCCCAGUCCCUGUCCUCCUUCUCUUCCUCCUGUUUACCCAGCUCUGUGGGUGGUUGCGUAGCCCCUCAUUCCUCCCAUUUAUAUCACGCCUCUUUCCAGCCCAUGGACCCCAUUCCUGAUUUCACCUUCUCAGAUGUCUCCAAAGCUCACUCCUCGUGCGGCGACGGCCUCGGGGACCUGAACCGCUCCGACUCUGAAUCCUCCCUGUCACUCUCCCAAGUCGGGGAUCGGCUGUCAGCCUACAGCUCCAAAGGCCACCUGAUCAAGCCCACUUCUCUCAUGCACGGCCUGUCCGGUCGCUCGGAGGACGCCCUCUCACUGCACGCUCACACCCCGAACGGAGGGAACCGCGUCCACGAGCUCAGUCCCGUCGAGCUCGCCUCCGACAGCCCGGUUCUCGUGAAGAAGGUGUACAGCAUGGAGGAGUCCCCCAGCCUGGGAGAGAUCAACAGUCUGUCAGAGUCGUCCCGCUCCUUCAGCCCCAACUCCACCGAACCGGACACACCGUCACCUACAGGAGGGCAACUGGGGGCCGUGGGGCCAAAGGUUAACAGCCGCAUCCCGCAGCUGUCCUCCAAGAAGAGCCCCCUGGAGGAGGACAGCGGCUCAACGGGAGAAGAAACAGAUUCCACUGCCAGCCGCAAGAAACACACCUUCAAGAUCUUCAAGAAGCAGAGGAAAUAAGGGCUACAUGAACUGCAGGCUGUCAGAGCUGUCGGACUGAAUUCCUCUGGUCGGUUCUUGGGGAGAAGAAAUAGGUUUUGGAAGUUUUUGUGGUUCAUUGAUGGUGAAACGUCUUCACCAGUUGUUGCCGUUGCAUCUUUGUGUAGGUACGACACCUACUGUGAGAAACUGUGGGAGCAAGCAGCUGUUGAGUUUAAUCUGCUUCUUUGGUCAAUGUUGGUUAUGCGGGGAUUGGGUAGAUUUGUACAUUGGAAUGUAAAGUAUUAUUUAUUCUGCAGGAACUUGUGCCAGUCUCAAAGAAAAACUGGUUUCCCAGUAGGUUUUUCUUUCUUGUUCUACAAUCUAUAACAUUUUGCAUGUCUUCACUUUUGUUUGAUUGAUACUCGAAUGCUCUUAGUGUUUGCUUGGUUCUCGUCGUCAAUCCGCUUUGAUCCUCGAUGUUUCCUUUAUUGCGACCUAACCACCUUACCUACGAAUCCAAAGUGAAUGCUCACUCCUUUAUUUCCACUGAGUACUUUGUUCUUAUUGACGGUUACAACUUAUCCUGUCUUUUGUUGUUGUCUUCUUGGAAGAGCCAGCGGCUCAUUCAGCUUUCUGUUACGGCCGGUGUGUGGUCUCACACGUCUCGGACUAGAAUAUAUUCUCACAUUUCUCUUUAGGCUGUCAGAAAAAGUGUUAAGUGUCGUUAGGAUUAACAUCAGUGUAUUAAUAACCUGCAGCUCUUGGAUCGCACCCAAGAGCAGGACAUCGUUGUCCACAAGAGAAAGUUGGACGAGACGUUAAUCUCCCUGCACUGUUACAAAAGGAUCGUUUUGCAGGGUUGGGAAAUGCUUUGCUGAAAUGUCAAGGUUCACCCCUGAUAGUUGUCUGAUUCUCCGACUUCUGUGUACGUACUAUUCAGUGUUUGAGUUUCCUGGUUCAAAUGACGAGCUUGGAUGUAGGUAUCCUUUUGUCCCUGGGCAGAAAUGUUACCAAUUUUUUUUUUAACUGAAUUACCAAAAGGUUAAACAGAAAAUCUACCAAUAAAAAACAAGAACUUUAUUAAAGACCUUAACACAAAAUACUUGAAGCAUAUUUUUAGCCACAACUAUUAAAAACAAAAGAAGCAAUUUUGUGUGUGUUUUUAGGAUAAUCUUUAAAUUGAAUUUGAAUCCAACAUUUCCCUUUGAAUUUAGAGUUUAGAAUUUUUUUUGUUACUCUGUUUUGUUGAAUCUGGUUUAUUGAUUAUUCAGGUGGAUGAUUUAGGGGGGGGGGGCGCUGGUAAGGGCUAAAUUACAAAGCAUAAUAAGAUUUGCUCUGUAUGUGAUAGAAAUUCUCACGUGGUAUCUCUGUGAUCCACCUUCUCCAGUGCAGACGAUCAAUCACGUCGAUGUGCCAAAUCUCUCUCUGUCAGAGGCCUUGUAUUUUGCAUUGUGUCGGGCCACGCCCCCUUUACACAGAACACAUGACGGUGUCCCCCCGCGGACGCUAUGUUUACAUUUGUUACAGGGACAAUUCUGCUUCUCAGAUUAGGGCAGCGUGAGGAAACAUUGUGCCGGUUUGAUAUCGACAGCUUCUUGUAUACGAGCACAGAAACUAUGCAUCAGUAGUCGUAGGUGAGUUACUUCAGUAGUGCGGACACCGGUAGACUUAGGGUGCUCCCGAUCAACCAACUACCAAAAAGUGCUGCAGAAAACAGUCGGCCUUCCCCAGCCUCACAAUGUAACGUGGUUUGGAUGUACAAGACGAAAUAUUUUAUUUAAAGAAACCAUGUAAAAAGAAAAAUAAUCAAUUUCCUAAUGGUACUUUUUUUAAAGGUGUCGAUUGAAGCCUAUUUUGCACGACAGCUGUAAAUGGAUUAUACCAUCUGAAUGUGUGUGUGUGAGUGAGUUAGUGUGUGUCCGUCUGCACCCAGUACACUGCACCGUAUUGUUGAUGCAUGUCAACUGCUAUAACUAAACCUAUAUUGGGUUAGAAGAGUGGAUCAGCUUAGGCUCUUUACUUCCCACCACACUUUCCGUUUCUCUGUCUUCAUCUUGAGCUUCUAUUUAUGGAAACAUACAUGGUAUAUUUGUACAGAGAACAUGAUCAUUUUGCAUCUUCUGUGAUGGUCUCGACUUUUAUGGAACUUCUGCAUGACAGCAAUAAACUAUUUUGAAUGAAA